CUCCCGCUUGCUGCACUCCUUAAUUCGAACUGAACAGCAGCAUUUGGCUGGACAGAAUGGGAGGCAAAUUCUUGCAAUAAUUCCUGGGCUACAGAUUUACCCUCAGUACACCCCCUCACCAACCCCGAUCCAAGUCGUAGGUGAAGGGAAACCCGACAAGCGAUUGCAUUUGUACGUCCGCGCGGUUUGGAUGUGCGACUCUGAAAGCCUGAGAGAGUUUUUCUUUGGUUUCUUAUCGCGGCUGCGCUGGCAGAUAUCAGAUCCAUGUUUUCACUGGCGCUGGUCGUUUUUUUUUAAAAAAAAUCCCCAAACCUGCGGAGUCAAUUGCUUUCUGUCUACUCGUGUUUUUACCACAAAGGAAGCUUUUAGCCUGGACAGGAGCUUGCAGUUGACGAUGUGAACGGAAGGGGUCGCUCCAAUUCUUGCUUUCAUUGCAAAGCCGUCAUUGCCCUUGCUCCUGUCGCUCGCUCCUGAUGCAGACACUGUGCCCCGCUGCUGCCUUCGAGUCUGCUCCUCCAGAUUCCCCAUCACUUACGAUAUUUGGCCUUUCAAUUUCAACAGCAUAAAGUAGCAAGGCGACACGUUUAAAAUGUCAAAAUGUGAGACUGGAGCGCGGCAGACUCCUUUUGGGUAGUGUCCCGGGAUUGUAUAAAGACAGUUAAUGUCAUGACCUUUUGCAAUUCAGUCAGUAAUGCAGGCUGGUUACCGAGUACCAAUUUAGCAAACCAUGUAACCGUUCAGCCGUGGAUAAGAAUUGAAAGCACUUGGACAGGCUCUCUAUAGCUCUGCUUCAGUACGAGAUGAACUCGUUUGGAUAGAUAGAGCUGGCAAACGUGCAUUUAAGAAAGGUUCCCAUUCCUGUUUAAAGAAAGACACUCGCCCCCUCUCCGAGUUGGCAAGAUGUGUUACACCAGGGACUGACCUUGUGGGUUCGCUCCAGCUGUGAACGGGUCGCAGAGCGAAUUGGACAUUCCUGGGUUGACAUCCACCUCCGGGAGUUCGGGGUUGGUUUAAUAAACCCGGAGAAUGUUGAGCUUUUGAAUCCUUGUGAAACGGCUUUUCCCUCCGAAAGCAACAGUGUCUGGAAGUUUCCAAUCUCCUCCUCCGGCCCUCACCACCCCAUACCCUGAAUCCUGCUCCGGUCUGAUUUAAACAGGCGGUGGCGGUGGACGCGGCGCAUUUGUCAGCAGGUCUCCCUGCUUUCUGAUCAGCCGCCUCGGUGACUUGGCCGCCGUCUCCCCGGGUGACAGUGCACAUUGGUGACUCUUCUGUAGGUGAUAUGUGAGACUGGCAGGAGAAUUGCUGUUCCAGACCCAACUCCUGAACUGCUUCCCGAUGGGCCAGUUAAUAACAUAACUGCAGCCCCCACCUCCCGGCCACAUCCAGACAGAAACCGAACCCCCCUAGCCCCCUCCCCAAGGCUGACAGCCGCAAAACUACAGCAUUAUCGUGAUUGCAUUGCUCACUCACUCUUAACCGGUGCUGGCCACGCAGUCCGUUCCCUUUCAUAAGCGCCGCCGAGCCGGACUUGUGUGGAUGGAUUUUUCCAAGAAGCCCAGAGUGUGAGGAAAGCGGGGAUGUCCCGCCAUUCCUUGCAGCGGAAGAGUGCUCCUUUGCGCAGUGAAUGAAUGAAGAACAUGCGGGGAUUGCUAAUGGGUUCGACUCGCUCUCGGAUCCCUCUCUUGUGACCAUGUCGUGAUCCUGUCCCUGGGCCCUCCGAUCGCUCCUGCUCGCCCCUCGAUCGAAUCCGAGCGCGGAAGCUGCUCCAGACAGAAGGUGCUGCCGGCGGGCCGGAGGAGGAAACCAACCGCUGGAAUUGAUCUCAAUACAAGAAAUCAUGAAGAUUAUCUGUCCGCUUCUAAACAACCUGGUCUUUGAGUGUUCGGCUAGACUUUUCCUGUGCUUGUUGUGGAUGGGAUAUUCUCAAGGAAUGCCGCACGUUUUAAGAUUUGGGGGUAUUUUUGAGUCAGUGGAACAAGCUCCGUCUGGAGCAGAGGAACUAGCCUUUAAGUUUGCAUUAAAUACAAUCAACAGAAAUAGAACGCUGCUGCCAAACACAACAUUAACGUAUGAUAUCCAAAGGAUAAAUAUUUACGACAGUUUUGAAGCAUCCAGAAAAGAAUUAUAUAUCUCCUCUUCAGCCUGUGAUCAACUGUCCCUUGGGGUGGCAGCCAUCUUUGGGCCUUCUCAUAGUUCUUCAGCUAACGCAGUGCAAUCCAUUUGCAAUGCUCUCGGGGUUCCCCACAUACAGACCCGGUGGAAGCAUCAAGUGUCAGACAACAGGGAUUCUUUCUACGUCAACCUGUACCCAGACUUCUCAUCCCUCAGUCAAGCCAUUCUGGAUCUGGUACAUUUCUUCAAAUGGAAAACCGUCACCGUGGUGUAUGAUGACAGCACAGGUCUGAUUCGGUUACAAGAGCUUAUUAAAGCUCCAUCUCGGUACAGCAUCCGCUUAAAAAUUCGGCAGCUUCCAGCAGACACAAAGGAUUCCAAACCUUUGCUGAAAGAAAUGAAAAGGAACAAGGAAUUCCACAUAAUAUUUGACUGUGGUCAUGAGAUGGCAGCAGGCAUCUUGAAGCAGGCUUUGUCGAUGGGAAUGAUGACUGAAUAUUAUCAUUACAUUUUCACCACCCUGGACAUCUUUGCCCUGGACUUGGAGCCUUAUCGCUACAGUGGAGUGAACAUGACAGGGUUCCAGAUUCUCAACACUGAGAACAGCCAAGUUGCCUCCAUAAUUGAGAAGUGGUCAAUGGAAAGAUUACAAGCACCUCCCAAACCAGGCUCGGGUUUACUGGAUGGAUUUAUGACGACAAAUGCUGCCUUAGUUUAUGAUGCAGUUCACGUGGUAUCGGUGGCUGUCCAACAGUCCCCACAGAUGACCGUCAGCUCCUUGCAGUGUAACAGGCACAAACCCUGGCGCUUUGGAAGCCGUUUCAUGAAGUUCAUUAAAGAGGCUCACUGGGAAGGACUAACAGGCCGAAUUAUAUUCAAUAGUUCCAAUGGCUUGAGAACAGAUUUUGAUUUGGAUGUGAUUAGCCUCAAGGAAGAAGGGCUUGAAAAGGUUGGGACCUGGGAAACGAGCAGUGGAUUGAACAUGACUGAGAAUCGCAAAGGAAAGACAGCGAACAUCACUGAUUCAUUAUCUAACCGAUCGUUAGUUGUUACAACGAUUCUGGAAGAGCCUUAUGUGAUGUUUAAAAAGUCCGAUAAACCUCUUUAUGGAAAUAGUCGAUUCGAGGGAUUUUGCAUUGACCUCCUGAAAGAGUUGUCAAAUAUCCUCGGAUUUACCUAUGAGGUCAGACUGGUGGAUGAUGGGAGAUACGGCGUUCAGGAUGAAAAAGGGCAGUGGAAUGGAAUGGUCAGGGAACUGAUGGAUCAUAAAGCUGAUCUUGCAGUUGCACCCUUGACUAUCACCUACGUCCGAGAGAAGGUCAUUGACUUCUCAAAGCCAUUCAUGACUCUGGGAAUAAGUAUUUUGUACCGAAAGCCCAACGGUACAAACCCUGGCGUUUUCUCCUUCCUGAAUCCUCUCUCCCCUGAUAUCUGGAUGUAUAUUCUGCUGGCUUACUUGGGUGUCAGUUGUGUGCUGUUUGUCAUAGCCAGGUUUAGCCCCUAUGAGUGGUAUAAUCCCCACCCUUGCAAUCCCGACUCAGAUGUGGUGGAAAACAAUUUUACCUUGCUAAAUAGUUUCUGGUUUGGAGUUGGAGCUCUCAUGCAGCAAGGUUCCGAGCUAAUGCCGAAGGCACUUUCAACCAGGAUUGUGGGUGGCAUUUGGUGGUUCUUCACACUGAUCAUCAUUUCGUCGUACACCGCUAACCUGGCUGCUUUUCUGACAGUGGAGCGUAUGGAAUCUCCCAUUGACUCAGCAGAUGACCUGGCUAAACAAACCAAGAUCGAGUAUGGAGCAGUUGAAGAUGGAGCUACUGUAACUUUCUUUAAGAAAUCCAAAAUAUCAACCUACGAAAAGAUGUGGGCCUUCAUGAGUAGCAGACAACAGACUGCGCUUGUCAAAAAUAAUGAAGAAGGAAUCCAGCGUGUCUUAACCACAGAUUAUGCCUUGCUAAUGGAGUCAACGACCAUUGAGUUUGUCACGCAGAGAAACUGCAACUUGACACAGAUUGGAGGCCUCAUAGAUUCCAAAGCUUAUGGAGUUGGCACUCCCAUGGGUUCUCCGUACAGGGAAAAGAUCACUAUCGCAAUUCUCCAACUGCAGGAGGAGGGGAAACUGCACAUGAUGAAAGAGAAAUGGUGGAGGGGUAAUGGCUGCCCUGAGGAAGAGAGCAAAGAAGCCAGUGCUUUAGGAGUCCAGAACAUUGGUGGCAUCUUUAUCGUGCUGGCUGCAGGCCUGGUACUGUCCAUCUUUGUGGCAGUGGGUGAAUUUCUGUACAAGUCGAAAAAAAAUGCACAGCUUGAGAAGAGGUCCUUCUGUAGUGCCAUGGUUGAGGAGCUCAGGUUGUCUCUCAAGUGUCAACGGCGUCUGAAACACAGGCCUCAGGCACCAGUCAUAGUGAAAACUGAAGAAGUUAUCAACAUGCAUACGUUCAACGACAGGAGAUUGCCUGGCAAAGAAACAAUGGCAUAAAGUGUAGAAAAUCCACACCGAGCACAAACAGUAAUCUUUGUUCCCAAUGACCUGCAAGAGUGUUUCCAGUGGAAAUAUGCAAACCCGUGCCGAACAAGCGAGUUACCUCAUGAUGCUGUGUCGAAAAAAAAAUUACCUACCUUAUGAAAACAGGGUGGUCAAAGUCAGAUCCCGAAACAUUGUCAAGGACCAAAACUUGCAAAUAAAAUAAUUAAAUGCAGUAAAGACUUUUCCCCUUCAUCCCUCUUAUCCCCCCUCCCUCUUAUUUUCCCAUAUUGGAAAUGAAUGGUGAUAAUAAAGGAUAAGAAACACUGGACAACAAAGAGAAAACUGUGUUGAGUUAUAGCUACAGUUAUACAAGGUGGAAAUGAUACUGAGGAUUGUCCAAACUUGUGCAGUUACUGUAAUAGAGGCUGUUCAAAAUAAUUGAGGUUAAAGAAGAAAGAGAACUAAGAGGCUUUGGAAAGAAAUGGUGAAACUCUGAUGAGAUAUUUCAUGUAUUUGUAUCACCACCAGAAAGGAACACAAGGCAAUAAUUGUUUUCCGUCAAUUUAGCUUUUUUUUACAAUGGAUCAGACUGCUUUGAACCCUCACCAAAUGAAAGAACGUUAAACAAUUAAAUUUUCUAAGCAAUGGAUUGCGAAGUUGUUUUCCAAAAUCUGAGUGACGUAGGGUAUAACAAACAGCCUAAAGUCCUUUAAGUUUGUGUACUUCAUUGUGGUAACAGAAGAGUGUGUUCCCUUCAACUCCCCCCAUCUGGGUCUCAAGAUUUGGUCCUUUCAAGUUGCUUCGCCCACCUGCUCCCACAUCCAGCUGAACUGAUUUGACGCCUGGCCUUUCAACUCGUGUGGUUCCGCCUGAUUAAUUAUGGAUAUAGGAUUUUCACUGACGUGAUCCCAUGUAAUGUUGCAGGAGACUCUUUUGUAGAAUGCACUAAAUCUCAAGUCACAACUGCUACAACUCCUUGUAAGCAGUUUUUCAAGAUGUUCAUGUUUAUUUGUGGAAAUGCAAGAUUUAUAUGAAAAUAGUUUUUGUAUGGAAUUUUUGUAAUAAUUUUUAUCAGAAAAUGAACACACGGGCACUAAAUCUCAAUGAGUUUCCAUUAGGCUGAUAGCAUACAGUGAUGAACUAUUGUGUGUAAUAAAAGGCACAGAGUCUUGGCCAUAUAUUGUGAUAAUAAAUGAAGUGCAUACUGAG